AUGGAUGUCGACACAGAGAAGCAUUCAGAUCCUUAUCUCGUAGGAUGGUACGGGGACGACGACCAAGAGAACCCAAGAAACUGGUCUCCAGCAAAACGCGCGUUCGUCGCAUUCUGUAUCAGUUUCUUGACUUUCAGCGUGUACAUUGGCUCUGCCAUCUACACGCCAUCUAUCCCUGGAUUGAUGUCCGACUUUAACGUCUCCCAAACAACAGCUACCUUCGGUCUCACGCUGUACGUUCUUGCAUACGGCAUAGGACCCAUGUUUCUCGCCCCUCUGCAAGAACUUCCCCACAUAGGUCGGAACCCGGUCUACAUGGCCACAUUAUUAGUCUUCAUUAUUUUCCAAAUACCCAUCGUCAUGGCUAAAAACAUGAGCACUGUCCUCGCGUUUCGCUUUCUCACUGGGUUCGCUAGCAGCCCUGCACUCGCCACUGGAGGCGCAUCCAUGGCAGAUAUCUACUCCGUGAAUCAUAUUGGAUACGUAUUAGGUAUCUGGUCGCUCGGGGCGGUUGCUGGUCGCAUUGUUGGCCCGGUUAUCGGAGGGUUUGCAGCUCAGGCGAACGGAUGGCGAUGGCCCCAGUAUGAACUAAUCUGGAUAGUCAGCUUUUCCCUGAUCUUCCUUCUUCUCUUUCUCCCCGAGACUUACGGACCUACGAUUUUGUUGAAAAGGGCACGACGGCUGAGGAAGCUUACGGGAAAUGAGCAACUGCGAUCCCAGAGCGAGAAGAAUUCAGAGGGCGAGUCGUUUGUGACGGUGAUGAAGGAAGCCCUGAUCCGUCCCUUUAUUCUUGCUAAAGAGCCUGUCUUGAUGUUUGCGAACCUCUACGUUGGCUUUGUUUAUGCGAUAUUUUACUUGUGGUUUGAGGCUUUUCCGCUAGUCUUUACGGAUAUCUACCACUUUCGUCUUGGUGCCAGCGGCCUGCCCUUUCUUGGCUUCAUCGUCUUCAUCCCGACGAGUGUCCUCAUCUUUGGGUUCACUUCAAAGGAGGGCAUCCACUGGAUCGUCCCCGUUAUCGGCGCCGCCCUCUAUCUUCCCGGCAUCUAUCUUAUCUUCCAGAGUAUCCUGACGUAUAUCACAUCAACGUACCCCACCCAUGCUGCGUCGGUUCUCGCUAGCAACGACCUCUUCCGUUCAACGAUUGCCAGCGUCUUUCCGCUGUUUGGCCGUGCAUUCUUUGUUGGUCUUGGUUUGGGCCCCGGAUCAGCCCUCCUGGCUGGUAUUUCUUUCUUGCUCAUGCCGGUGUUUUGGUCGUUAUGGAAAUGGGGCCACGUCUUACGGAGACGAUCAGUUUACGCCUGUGUUUUAUCUACUGUCGGGCUGCUCCGGUACGGAACAGCGUCCAAUCUUGCAAAAGCUCAUGUCAUUUAG